GGGUGACAAUAUGAUUCGUCUGGUUCAGGCGGGCGCAAAGUCGAAAGUAGUAUUGUAAAGAAAUAUUAAAGUACGACGAAAAUUUAACUGUAUUCAUUGUGGCUUCCAACACACUCUGAAAUAUUACGUUGGAUUGGGGACGAUAAAAACAUGGCAGAGAGACCAGAAGACCUGAAUCUUCCCAACGCCGUCAUCACGCGCAUCAUCAAAGAAGCGCUGCCAGAAGGGGUGAACGUGUCUAAGGAGGCGCGGAAAGCAAUAUCUCAGGCUGCCAGUGUUUUCGUACUGUACGCAACUUCAUGUGCAAAUAACUUUGCCAUGAAAGCAAAGAGGAAAACGUUGAACGCGGGAGACGUGCUGGCAGCCAUGGAGGAGAUGGAGUUCGAACGUUUCCUCCAGCCACUGAGAGAGGCGCUGGAGGCCUACAAGAAAGGGCAGAAGGGGAAAAGAGAGGCAUCGGAGCAGAAGCGCAAAGACAAAGAGAAGAAGACUGACACGGAGGAGACUGACAAAAGCAAGGAGGAGGAGGAAGAGGAGGAGGAGGAAGAGCGCAUGGAGGAAGAGCAGGAAGGUGAAAACGAAGGAGAGGAAGAGGAGGUGGAGAACUGAGCAUCCAACCUGUGCUGUCUUAUCUGGGAGAGUGCCUGCAUGUAGUCUGCAGGUCUCUUCUCAUGUUCAUUUGGUCUUCGGUGUGUUCUCACAUGUGGUCUGCUAGUGAUAGUGAGGCUUCAUGAAUGCCAAAAUGGAUCCAGUUACAGCGUGAUUCACAGAUCUGAACCAGUCAGUGUUUUCCUUCAGAAGGCAGUCUUUUAAUUGGUUCAUUCAGGUGUGUGAUUGACAGUUUGUUGUAGGUCCAGCCAUUGUAUUAGAGGCUCACUUUCCUGUCACAUUUCCAGUCUCAUUUCCCUGUAUCUUUCAAAGCCUUUACUGGACUGAACCCUAUUGGGUAUUGAGGUUUGUAAUCACCAGCAGUAGCUAGUCAAUGAUACUUCUUAAGAAACCAUGGUUAAUGUUGGAUUUUCUCUAUUAAUUUUUUUUACCCAUGUUCAGAUUUAAUCCAGUAUAAAUCAGUUCUUGCACCUGAAAAUACAAGGAAGUGGAUGUUAGAAAUACCAGUACAGUACCACAGGUGAUCUUUCAGAUGGCAAAAAAAGGCUUGGAGCACCACUGGAAUACCACUCCCUUUAUUCAGUCAAAAGAUAAAAAAGGGCUAACGUGCCAUGCACACUGUUAUGCUGAGCUUUAGUGCCUUAGAAUUUCUGGAACGGCUUAGUGGAAAAAUGAUGCAGAACCUUUUGAUGUGAUUCAGGGAAUUUUAAAUAUGCACAUCCCGUUCUAAAAUAGGCAAGACUUUCAAAAUCAUGUUUGGGAAAGGAUUGUGAAACCUCUUUGGCAUCUUGGGAACAACAGGACUGGAUUACUGCUGCAGACCUUUUUGGACUGAACACUGCCAGCAAACCCACGUACAGGCCUAAAUCAGCAUGCAGGAACUUGACAAAAUGGAUCAAAGACGGGAGGAUCUGAAACUUAUGUUGUCAAUUUGCGUGUUUAGUUGAGAGGCACUUUGAGAUUUCAGCCUUGUCUGUCAGGUUAUUUGGGUAAAACUUAUGUAGUUUAGCACUGUUGCAGCUGUCUUCCUUGGGCCUUUGUUUCUAUAGAACUAUAAGGACUGCCCCUUCAAUUUCAGGGUACUGACCUUCAAUCUUGUACAGCAGCAAGUAAUGGUUUGGUUACUUUUGUACUAAAUUUUUUUGUAAAUAUAAAUGUUUAAAGCGAUACAAGACAAGAUGAUUGUCAUAUGUAAUUGCCAAAGUCCCCCCUGUCACAAUAACUGCUGAAAUAUGACCAUGGGCAGCAGUUCAGGAGGAGCUAUGAGGGACAAACAUUUUUUACAAUAUUAAAGCAGUUGCAUUUGGCAAGUUUUUUUCUUUACACCUAUUUCAUGUAAUGCAUUAUCUGCCAUGAUUAAAUAAAAGGCAAUUGACAGCAACAUCUUCCUCCGUAGUGCCAAUAUGAUCUUUGCAUUUGCCAUUUUAAUUUCCACUGGCAGUUCCAAUG